CCCCCCACGAGGAUUGCAUUGAGACACAUCCCGUCGCAUGUUCAGGUCUAAACGCUCAGGCCUUGUGCGGCGACUUUGGCGAAGCCGUGUGGCGGGGGGUCAUGGGCAGGACCCGGAGGAGUGGUGCGACCCGACCGGACCGCUGAACGAGCUCAAGUCGGUCACCCACUCGCUGCUCAAGCGGUCGAAGGAGCGGUCGCUGGACCUGUUGGCUCAGGCGGUGGAGAGCCGCGGCGGCUUACACACGGGCUGUGUGCUGUUGGCCCGGGGGGAGCUCCGGGUGGGCCACCACUCGCUCGCCCCCCACUUCCUGCUCUGCAAACUCUUCAGGUGGCCCGACCUCAAGCACGUCCUCGAGCUCAAGCGCCUGUCCUCCUGCGAGGGCUUUGCCGGCAAUGUCCCCCCCACCGCCGCCGCCGCCACCACCACCACCGCCGCCGCCCCCCCACCCGCCGCCGCCGUCUGCUGCUGCUGCUGCUGUAACCCCUAUCACUUUAGUCGGCUCUGUGGACCAGAAUCUCCUCCACCUCCUUAUUCCAGAUUCUCUUCCAAUGAGGAGGAAAAGUCAUUGGAUCCAUUGGAAUGCACGGUGUCCUACACUGAAACUGAGGCUACCAAUUCACCUAGUAUCACUUCUGGAGAUUUCUCAGAUGCCAGUCUGUCUCCCGACACCUCAAAACAGAGCCACUGGUGUAUUGUGGCGUAUUGGGAGCACCGGACCAGGGUGGGACGUCUCUACACCGUCUACGAACACUCCGUCAGCAUCUUCUACGACCUACCUCACGGUAACGGCUUCUGCCUGGGACAGUUGGCACUGGACAACAGGAGUGAGACUGUCAAAAGGACUCGAAGCAAAAUUGGCUACGGGAUCUUACUGAGCAAGGAACCGGACGGAGUCUGGGCUUACAACCGGACUGAGCACCCCAUCUUUGUCAACUCCCCCACACUGGACAUUCCCAACUCCAGGACUUUAAUCGUGCGUAAAGUCAUGCCAGGAUAUUCCAUAAAGGUUUUCGACUAUGAAAAAUCGUGCCUUCUGCAGCAGAUGACGGAUUACGCAGACGGACCUUACGAUCCCAAUAGCGUUCGAAUCAGCUUCGCUAAAGGCUGGGGCCCCUGCUAUUCCAGACAGUUUAUAACGUCUUGCCCUUGCUGGCUGGAGAUCAUGCUGAACAACAACAACAGAUAACAAAGCAAGUCCCUCCUCCAUCCGCGGAGGCAAUCCUAUACUAAGUAAAACCAGACUAUUCCAAAUAUCAUCUACCUAGAUUUAAUAUAAAGUUUUAUAUAUUAUAUGAAAUAUAUAUUAUACUUGUAAAUACGGAGUCAUUUUUACAUUGUAAUUAUUUAUGUAUGGUGCAAUGUGUAUGAAUACAGAACACAACAGGAAAAUGCACUUUGGUUUAUAUAUAUAUUCAUUCAACACAGAGAUAAAUUAUACAGCAAAAGUAGGAGAGGCUGCUGAGUUUUGGUGUAUAGUUCCACCAUGCUAUUAAUGCCCAGACAAGAAGCUAACUACCAGUAAAACAACAAGAAUGAGUCACUCAUUGAUAAUAAAGUAUUCGCAUUAUACAUCC